UUUUAUCCAGGUAUGAAAACCAGAUCACUAUUCUGGCCGACUACUUAGAGGAAUUUCCCGACACCGAUGAGCCGGUGUGGAUUCUGGGAAGGCAGCACCACCUGAACACAGGUAGUGGCCAUCAGUGCAGCCAUGGUAUCGGGACACCCAAGGGUCCCAUACCCAGCCUCGGUGGGCUGAGCGAUCCCUUGAAAGGCCACUGGGUCUGAGCACAGCUCAGAGAGAAAGCAGCAGGUAAGAGCCUUCAGAAAUCUCUGAGAGCCUUUGGGAGAAUUCUAUAAGUGUGCAUUUUUAAGAAAAAGAAAAAAGAGAAAAGAAAUAAUUAAACUUAGUAAUAUUUUCAAGAAAUGACAGUGUAUUGAGUUUGGAAGUGAAGCAUAAUUCUAUGCUGUUCUGCACGUAAGAGUUCUUUUCCUUAACUUGCUUUACCAGUUCUUUCCCGAGGACAUAGUUCUCCAUAGUGUUUCAUUAAAGCUAGACAGAAUCGUUCCAAACACCUUUUAAAACAUCAUUGCCUAGUAAUUAUUUCAUUCUUAAUAAUCGACUUUAAUUAUAAGUCUGCAGAAGUUCUCAGGUUUAAGUAGCUAAAAAAUAUAUAAGUAUUAAAGAUCUUAUAUGUACAAGCUAACAGGAGUCAUCUGUGAACUCUAUAUAUAGGCUGUAUGGGAAAAACUAGAAUUUUCCAGUUCUAAAAGUGUAUUUCUUUCCUUUUAAAAAUAUUCCAGACAAAUCUAAGUUAUUUUUGGAUGUAAGUGCUCGUCUCUGGUUUACAUAUAGAAGAAAGUUUUCUCCUAUUGGAGGCACUGGUCCUUCGUCUGACGCUGGCUGGGGAUGUAUGCUGCGAUGUGGGCAGAUGAUGCUGGCCCAGGCACUGAUCUGCAGGCAUUUAGGAAGAGAUUGGCAGUGGGAAAAACACAAAAAACAACCAGAAGAAUAUCACAGAAUCCUACGAUGCUUUCUAGACAGGAAGGAUUGCUGUUAUUCCAUCCACCAGAUGGCACAGAUGGGUGUUGGAGAGGGGAAGUCGAUUGGAGAAUGGUUUGGACCAAAUACAGUUGCUCAAGUAUUAAAGAAGCUUGCUUUAUUUGAUGAAUGGAAUUCAUUGGCCGUUUAUGUAUCUAUGGACAAUACAGUGGUCAUUGAAGACAUCAAGAAGAUGUGCUGGUCCCCUCCGCAGAGCAGCGGCACAGCCCCCAGCAGCGCACAUUUGCACAGAAGCGCUCUUGGCCGGAGCAGGAACACAGCAGGACUCUGCACAGGCUGGAAGCCCCUCUUGCUUAUUAUACCUCUACGACUAGGGAUAAAUCACAUAAAUCCAGUAUAUAUUGAUGCAUUUAAAGAAUGCUUUAAGAUGCCACAGUCUUUGGGAGCAUUAGGAGGGAAACCAAAUAAUGCCUAUUAUUUCAUAGGAUUUUUAGGCAAUGAGCUGAUCUAUUUGGACCCUCACACCACCCAAAGCUUUGUAGAUUCAGAAGAAAAUGGCACAGUUGAUGACCAGAGCUUCCACUGCCAGCAAGCCCCCCACAGAAUGAAGAUCAUGAAUUUGGACCCUUCAGUAGCUUUAGGCUUCUUCUGCAAAGAAGAAUGUGAUUUUGAUAACUGGUGCAGUCUCGUACAAAAGGAGAUUCUGAAGCAACAGAGCCUACGGAUGUUUGAGCUGGUCCAGAAGCACCCGCCCCACUGGCCUCCAUUCAUACCUCCAGCAAAGCCAGAAGUGACAACUACAGGAGCAGAACUCAUUGAAUCUACUGACAAGCUGUUUGAAUUGGAAGAAGAAUUUGAAAUCCUGAGCGUAUGAAGGAAACUGCGGUGAUUCUUGAGUACUGAACAUAUUGGAAAUAUUAUUGCAUUGACUUACAGCCAUGUUAGCCCCAAAGUGCCUGAAAUUAUGGAUAACAGAGCACAGAAUCCAAGUAGCAUCCAAAACUCCAGCGACAGUUUAACGAGAGCCUCCCCAGAUGGAAAGGCAAUAUAAGAUCGUGUAGUAAGAUGCUUAAUCUGGGAAUCUCUUUUUAAUGUAUCUUACCUGAAGACAAAUGGACCUUUGAGAUUAAGGCAAAAAUAAGGGUAUCACUGGGCUCUAUGUUUGGAGAAAGGGAUAACCCAAAAGGAUAUUUCUUGCUCUCAUAUAAUAAUGCAAUAGUUUAGUUCUUAAAGCAAAACAGUCUUCAGUUAAGGAGGAUGUUUACUUCUGUUCCCUCCUGUGGGCUGCAGCAUAGGAAAAAUUGCGUUGUCUUGUUUAAAAGAUCGACUGGAUCAUGAGAAAAUUGUUUCCUUGUUAAAUAUUUUAACAUGUAUCUGAGCAACCACACUGUAUUACAAAAAUGUUUCUGUAAAAGGAACUGUGUCUAAUGUAUACAUUUUGCAAUAGCCUUCCUGCUUCUGGGAGACCUCGAGAGGAACGGGACACUCAAAUAGUUGAUACAGAUCACAACCACUGCUCUAGCUAUGGUAUAUUUCACCUUGACCUUAACGUUGAAAUCAUUAAAACUUAGGUUGUUUCUUUCAGAGCUAAAAUGAGUCAAAGGUGGUUUAACUGUACCGUAUUUAUUUUAAAGUAGAUUUACACAAACUUCUGUUAUAGCACUUUAUCUGUGCAUCUAAUAAAUUUCUUAAGCUUUUCAUAGGU